AUGGAGAUAUUACCAAUGAAGAUGAAUAACUAUAAGGUGGGGAUUUUUCCUAUAUUUAUUCAUGAGAAAGGUGGAAAGAACAAACACAUGAAGGGUAGUAAUCAACUGAAAAUUAGGGCAAAUAUGCAGACGAAGAAAUCCAAUAGUAAUUUCUAUGAAGUGCUUUCUCUCCGUUCAACAAAUGUAGGGUUUGAAGAGAUAAAGAAAGCUUAUAGAUGCAUGGCUCGUCAAUACCAUCCUGAUAAUUGCCAUAAUUCAAAUAAAGAAGAAUCCACGAGACGAUUUAUUGAGCUGAGAAAAGCAUAUGAAACUCUUUCUGAUCCAAUUUCACGUCAAAUUUAUGAUUAUGAGGUGAGUUUAAUGGAUUCUUUUGAGAGUGAAGUGAUUUGGAGACAAUCUAAGGAAAAUAGGGAGACAGUUUUCACUAAGGAGGUGUGGGAAAGACAGCUUGAUGGGUUGAGAAGACGAUCUUGUAAUAGAAUGGAGAAAAAGAAAAGUAUGUUCAGCUCGAAAUUAAACUAA